GGCGCGAGUCAUACGAGUGCGCGAGAGGGGCGCGCGUGCGGAGGACUGUUUACGCUAACACCUGGAGACGAGGCAGACAGCUGCUUAAAUGCGCCGUUGUUUUUCUCCCGUGCUUCUGUAUAACUGUUAUGGGAUGAGAAAACCGUAAAGGCGUCGCGAUUAAAUAUGAUAGAACGGAAGAUGAUGCGUAAUGCGUGGCAACAGGGCAAGGCAAAUCUAACAAUAAUCCGACAGCUGUCUCACGAAAACGAAUGCGAAGGAAUGCAGCUAUAAAGGGAAAUGCAUUGAACUCGAAUGACCACGUUUGCAAGAACCGCUACAGAAUUUGCAGUGUAAACAUGCAGCGGAUGAUGAAGAAUAGCUGUCUCUGAGCGCGGAUCUUAUAGCUGAAAUCGGAGUGCGCCGAAGCGCAUCUUUCGUACCUUUGUUUGGCACCCAUUGCACAAACUUUCACAAUGGCUCUGGUCAUGGAACCUGUGAGCAGGUGGUCAACCAGCCAGGUGGUCGAUUGGAUGAAAGGUUUGGAUGACUGUCUUCAGCAGUACAUUAAGAACUUUGAGCAGGAGAAGGUGGGUGGGGAACAGCUUUUGAGAAUCACACAUCAAGAGCUUGAAGAUCUGGGUGUUUCUCGAAUCGGCCACCAGGAGCUCAUUCUGGAGGCAGUGGACCUUCUCUGUGCGCUGGUGAGCACAUACACAAACACAAAGAACUAUGGACUUGAAACAGAGAACCUGAAGACCCUGACCCAUAAGCUGAAUGCAUCAGCCAAGAACCUGCAGAACUUCAUAACGGGUCGGCGAAGGGGAGGUCACUAUGAUGGCAGAGCCACCCGAAAACUUCCUAACGACUUUCUGACUUCCGUAGUGGACCUCAUUGCUGCCGCCAAGGGCCUGCUGGCUUGGCUAGAUAGGUGUUACUUCUUCAUCAGGUCUCCGUUUGCUGCCGUAGCAGAUUACUCCAUGACUAGGAAUAAUGUCAUUCAGCUGUGUCUAGAGCUCACCACAAUAGUUCAGCAGGACGGCACAGUCUUUGAGACUGAAAAUAAGAUACUGCAUGUGUGUAAGACACUGUCAGGAGUGUGUGACCACAUCAUUUCUCUCUCUUCGGACCCCAUGGUGUCCCAGGCAGCCCAUCUGGAAGUGGUGCAGCUGGACAACAUAAGGUCCACUGAGGGAUUGGGCAUGUACAUCAAGUCAACCUAUGAUGGCCUACAUGUCAUCACGGGCACCACAGAGGGAUCGCUUGCUGACCGCUGUAAAAAAAUUCAUGCCGGUGAUGAGGUCAUACAAGUAAAUCAUCAGACAGUGGUGGGCUGGCAGCUUAAGAACCUGGUGAACUCCUUACGUAGCAAUCCAGCAGGCGUGACCCUCACGCUGAAGAAACGACCCCAGAGCACUCUUACAUCAGCCCCUGCCUUACUGAAGAACAUGAGAUGGAAGCCCCUGGCCCUGCAGCCCAUCAUCCCUCCAAGCCCCAGCAGCAGCGUGGCCACGCACUCCAGUACCCUCAGCACCCCAUCCAGACGGGACAGCUGUGCCCUUCAGGAUCUCUACAUUCCCCCUCCACCAGAUGAGCCAUAUACACCCAGAGAAGACGUGGCGAAUUUGGCUGGCAAUAACCAGCAUGCUGCUAAAGGUACCGAGUCGCCCAACUCCUUCCUGGAUCAGGAAUGCCGGCGGCAUUUUCCCGUUUUGGACGAGGAUGCGGUCCUCUACUGUUACGAGUAUGAUCAGAAUCAAGGUCCCCCACCCGUUCGUAGAGACAGCACACCCACAUACGGACGACUGAGGCCUAUUUCCAUGCCUGUGGAGUAUAACUGGGUGGGAGACUAUGAGGAGCCAGCCAAGCUGAAGAAAGAGAUCAGAAGAGAAAAUUCCCUGAUGCGAUAUGUCAGUGAAGACAAGGCGGGGUCAGAAGAGUACCACACAGGAUGCCGUAGCAGCAGUAGGCGUAGUAGAAGGAAGAAUGACAAAGGUAGUAGCCCCUCCCAUUACGCCCUGGUCCCUGCCCUUCAGAUGGAUAUGCUGCAACAGGAUUCUUUGGCCACGCCCACAUCAGAAACCUCUUCUGUCUAUCUUACAUUCGAUCGAUCAUCCAUUCUCUCUCGGUCAAAGAAAGUUAAAUUAAGAGCUGGUUCCCUGCCGUCCAUCAGUAAGCGGCGAAUCUCCUGCAGGGACUUGGGUCAGGGUGACUGUGAGGGCUGGCUCUGGAAGAAGAAAGAUGCGAAAAGCUACUUUUCCCAGAAAUGGAAGAAGUACUGGGUCGUGCUGAAAGAUGCCUGUUUAUACUGGUACAUCAAUGAAGAGGAUGAGAAGGCCGAGGGGUUUGUCAGCCUACCUGAGUUUAACAUUGACCAAGCCAAUGAAUGUCGCAAAAAGUUUGCUUUUAAGGCGUGCCAUCCUAAAAUCAAGAGCUUUUACUUUGCUGCAGACAAUGUGGAUGAUAUGAAUAGGUGGCUCAGUCGACUGAACAUGGCAGCGACGGCUCACACGGAGCAGAAAAGGAUUCGACAGGAUCAUGACUACUGGAGUGAGAGUGACCAUGAGGAUGCUGAUCACAUGACCUCAAUGACCAAACAAGACAGCCCUCCACCUCCCUAUGGCACCUACCCACAUCCUACAUCUCCAAGUCCAUUCCAAGAGCCCAAACACAUCCGCCCACCCUCCACAGAGACCGUCCAAUCCCGCUCCCCACACUCUGAGACACAAGGGGGCAGCAUAAGCACUGCAAGCUCACCGGGCCGCAAGUCUGCCAGUCAGCGGCGAUCGUGGCAAGACCUCAUUGAGACGCCCCUCACCAGCUCCGGCCUUCAUUUCCUGCAGACUUUGCCUCUUGAUGAUGCCGCUUUCAUCGAUCCUAACCGAUCCGUGCCUGUAGAGCUCCGUCGCCAGUCAACACUACCCUCCCAGCAUGGCCUUCCUCCAGAGCGCUACGUACAUCCCACUACACACACCCAACCCAUACAGAAACGUGUCACAGCUGGAGGAGGAGAAGGGAUUGGAGGAGGGGGCAAGCAUCGCAGUUUUACCUUGCCCCGUGACAGUGGUCUUCAUGCUAUUCUCGCUGCCACCUGCGCAGCCGAACAUGCAGACGCACAGCACUACCAGCUGGGCAGGGGCCGUGCCAGAGACACAGGUCCAGAGUGGGAGCGUAGGCACCAGGCGGACUCAUUGGUGGAUUUGUACCGGGCUCUGGAGAGGAAUAGUCUAUCACCUGUCAAUGAGCACAGGCCCUCUUCUCGAUUAGAGUACAAGAGAUCAUUCGUCCGCCGAUCCAACGAUCCAUUGCUCAAUGAGAAACUGCACCGCCUGAGGAUUCUUCAAAACUCAUUCAAGGACAUUCCUCUUCAAGAGGCAGAAACAAAGAUCAUUCAUCGGGAUGUUUAAACUGAGUUACAAAAGAACACAGCAGGGCACAGCACCAGUCAUUUCUGCCAAAAAACACUAGUUCAUUUUCUUACAUAUUCCUUUAAAACAAAAAUGUACCAAACAUCUACUUCUUUCUGUCUUUUUCGCUGUUCCUGCAUUAAAGAAUUUUCUCCUGUUGCACUUUUUUUAAUAGCACAUGCUAACAUUGAGCUGAAUUAUUUGUGUUUGUAUUAAUGACUCUAAAAACUUGACGGCUUCCACCCAGGGCCAAAUAACUGCACUUCCAAGGAACUCUACCUUACUGUAGUGUCUCAAAAGACAGGGAAAGAACUAAACUACUGAUAUAAAUUAUUUUCUAAUUCUGAUUUGCAUGACCAUUGUCUGGUUAAUAGAUUUUCUGUAUGUGAUGUUUGUUUUAUUGGUCUUAACUGACUCAGAGUAUUAAUUCCAAGUUCAUUCAAACCAACAUUUUUAAAUGGUAAAUGUUAUUAUGACUGAAAGAGAAGAACUGACAGGAUACAGUAAUUGUGUGUAUCUGUGUUGAAAGCACUGUUCUGUUGUAAUGUAUAUAAUUUAUGUCGUAAUAUUCUGACCAUCUGCACUCCAGCUAUGAAAAUACCCCAUGUUGAGCGGCAAGGUACUUGCAAUAAUGUUGAACUAAAAUGAUUAGUUCGUUUAACACUAUUAUUGUCUAUUUUUGUAAGCAUGAUAUUUAUUGAGAUGUUUGUACAUUGUUUUGUAUGCUGAACUGUGGUAUCUUAAGAUAACUGCAAGUGUAAAUCCCUUUUAAUGUGCUCCUAAAAGAUCUUUAACAAAAUGAAACUUUUGUGUGAAAGCACCAGUGUUCUAGUAUCUCCAAAAAGUAAUUUUAUCAAUAAAUUGUUGGAUGUUUUGACAUUA